UUGCAGCCUUCGCUUCACUUCUGUGCCUUCCUCCUAGUCUUGAAUCACCGAGCUGCCCAGUUUCACUCGACGUAAUUAUGGCCCGCACGAAGCAGACUGCUCGCAAGUCUACAGGAGGCAAGGCCCCUCGUAAGCAGCUCGCCACCAAGGCUGCCAGGAAGUCCGCUCCUGCCACUGGUGGGGUGAAGAAGCCUCACAGAUACCGACCCGGUACCGUUGCUCUUCGUGAAAUUCGCAAGUACCAGAAGUCUACUGAGCUGCUUAUCCGCAAGUUACCCUUCCAGCGUCUAGUGCGUGAAAUCGCCCAAGACUUCAAGACGGACCUGAGGUUCCAGAGCUCUGCCGUGAUGGCUCUGCAGGAGGCUGCCGAGGCUUACCUGGUCGGUCUGUUCGAAGACACCAAUCUGUGCGCCAUCCAUGCGAAGCGUGUCACCAUCAUGCCCAAGGACAUCCAGCUCGCCAGGCGCAUUCGCGGCGAGCGUGCAUAGGCCCGUAUUGCAAAACUGCAUUCUAACAUGGAUCUCUAGAAUUCUGACUAACGUUACGACGUUCGCUUGAGUGCUUGUGCUUGUUUAACUAAUGUGUUAGAUUACCCAUAUCGAGUAAAAUUACGCGGAUGGC